GUUGGUUAUUCCACAUGAAAAGGUAACAGGCAUUGUGUUCUUUCUGUGAUUGACAAAACACUUCUCCUGGGAUUGGCCCAUCAGCUGAUCAGGGCUGGUUUCUUCAAAUGAAAGGUUGUCAACUGAACAUGUGAUGGCUUGGAAGAGAAGGAAACUGUCUGACUAGUUCAAAGGCAGAGUCACUCUUACAGUGAAGCCAUGCAGUGGAUCUACCCCCUCAUUUGCUUCAUUCUUUUUGGUGAAGGAGUCAUGCCAGAGAUUGUGUUAGAACAGCAAGAAAAGGUUGUGACUGUCCUGAUUGGAGGGAUCAGCACACUCAAGUGCAGCAUGACAGGAGGACAUAUGCAUAGCUAUUACAUGUACUGGUACAGAAAGAACCAGGACAACACUCUGACAUUUAUAUGUGAUGAAAACUUCUGUGACAUGGAGAAUUUUCAGAGUGAGAUUGAUUCUGCCAACAAUAAGUUCACGCUUAAAAUUAUCAAGCCAUCAGUGAGAGACAAUGGAAUCUACUACUGUGCAGCCCAUCACCACAGUGCUUCAGCUCCACUUCUGAGUAAUUCAGAAACCUACAGUCAAAGAACUCCAAGAAGAGCCUUGCUUCUUCCAGAAGAACUAAAAGGAAAAUGGUGGGCCGACCUCCCUACAACCUGUUCUCAAGGCAUUAGUAUGGGAUUUCACCUGACUCUCACUGUCAUCCUGAGUCUUUACAAAGGUGUUUGGGCACAAAUUAAGUUGGAGCAAAGUGGAAAUGAGAUAAAAGAAAUUGGACAGUUUGUACGUCUCUCCUGCAAAGUAUCAGGAAUCCAAAUUGAAAAUGCCUUUAUGUACUGGUACCGCCAGCAAAAAGUGGGGGUGGGGAUAACAAGGAGCAAGCCCAGCUGCCUGGGUGUGGAUGCCAAGACAGCUAUGCUGACAAGAAAAGAGAGGUUUUUGUGUUGGGACUGCAGGCAGUGUAAUGCACUGAUCUUUGGGAAAGGAACACACCUGGAGGUCGUGCCGGAACUCCAAGAACCUUCUACACCCUCAGUCUUUGUCAUGAAAAAUGGGACCAAUGUUGCAUGUCUGGUGAAGGACUUCUACCCCAAGCCUGUGGAUAUACAUCUUGACCCAGACAACAAUACAACAGAAGGAGUGGUCACCACUGCCAAUGGGAAGUUCAGUGCUGUCAAGCUUGGUCAAUACAAGAAAGAUCUGGAGCAAAUUAAGUGUACAGUUCGGCACAACAAUAAGACUGUGGAGGCUUCUUACAAAAAGUCUCAUGAGGAUUCCACUGACAAGAGUUCAGACCUAGAGGAACCCAUUGGCCAGCCAUCAUCUUCCCAAGAGUGCCUCAAAUCCACAGUACAAAUUGAGAAAGUGAACUUGCUGUCCAUCACCCUGCUGGGACUCCGUGUGCUACUCGCCAAGAGCAUCGCUGUCAACUUUUUCUUGACUAUCAAAUGUUUUUUACUCUAAGGCUUCUCUACAGCACAGGGAAAAAAGAAACCAAGGAUCCACUGAGAUGUUUUCCCUUGACUUCCCCUGGCUGUGAUGUAAAUAGCUCUGUGGCUAACUA